UGGCUUCCGCGUUGCCCCACGACCGCCUUCCCCAAAAAAACUUAAAAGUGGGAGUUGACGGGAUAAUUUGUUGUCCCUUCUGUCGUCAAUUGUCAUCUACCAUCAAGCAGCAGCCAUGCCCGGGAUAGAGAAGCUGCCUAUCGAAGAGACGCUGGAGGACAGCCCGCAGACGCGCUCUCUGUUGGGCGUGUUCGAGGAAGAUGCGGCAGCCAUGUCCAACUACUGCAACAUGCUUUAUCAGGCCAUGCACAGGAUGUAUGACGCCCAGAAUGAGCUGAGUGCUGCAACACAUCUUACCUCCAGACUGCUAAAAGAGUACGACAAACAGCGUUUUCCUUUAGGCGGCGACGACGAGGUGAUGAGCUCCACCCUGCAGCAGUUUGCGAAAGUCAUUGACGAGCUGAGCUCCUGUCACGCCGUCUUGUCUACCCAGCUGGCGGAUGCCAUGAUGUUCCCCGUAACGCAGUUCAAAGAAAGAGACCUCAAGGAGAUCCUAACUCUGAAGGAAGUCUUCCAAAUAUCCAGUGAUGAUCACGACACCGCCAUCAACAGAUACAGCCGCCUGUCCAAGAGGAAGGACAAUGACAAGAUGCGCGCCGAGGCGGUGGAGGACGUGUACACGUCGCGCAAGAAGCAGCACCAGACCAUGAUGCACUACUUCUGCUCGCUCAACACGCUGCAGUACAAGAAGAAGACGGCGCUGCUGGAGCCGCUGCUGGGAUACAUGCAGGCGCAAAUCAGUUUCUUUAAGCUGGGCUCGGAAAACCUCAGCCAGCAGUGGGAGGACUUCCUGGCCACCAUCGGAAGCAGCGUCCAGAACGUGCGCCGGGAAAUGGAGAAGGAGGUGGGCCAGAUGCAGGAAACCAUCGAACAGAUGGAAAGGUCAUGUGACCCGCUGUACGCACCUUGUGACCCUGACCCGCUCCACUCGCCCGUGUGCCGCAACCUCACCCAGAAGCAGGGCUACCUCUACAUUCGCAAGACAGCUGUUGAGGAAAAAAGAUGGCUUCUUCGGAAGAGUAAGACGGGCCUGGUGUCGACAUCGUGGGAGCGUCAGUACUUCUUCACGCAGGGGGGCAACCUGAUGCAGCAGGGCCGCGCGGAAGUGGCGGGCGGCCUGGUCACCGACCUGGACAACGCCUCCGUCAUGGCGGUGGACUCCGACGACCGCCGCUUCUGCUUCCAGGUCACGUCCUUCGACGGCAGGAAAGUGGUGACGCUGCAGGCGGAGAGCCGGAAGGACUGCGAGGAGUGGAUCGCUACCAUCAACAACAUCUCCAGACGCAUAUACCUGAGCGAAAACGCAGAGGAAGUGGCGGCCAGAGUCAACCAAUCGGCUAUUGAGGCGGUGACGCCGUCGCCGUCCUUCCAGCAGAGACACAACAGCAUGCGGCCUGGCAGCAGGGGCGGCGUGGGCCGAACCGGCAGCAUCAGCUCGAUGGGCUCCGAGCCGUCGCUCGCCCGCUCUGCCCUCUCGUUAGACGCCCUGGUUGCCCCGGAAACGCCCAUCCAGUUUGACAUCAUCUCCCCUGUCAGCGAGGAGAACGCCGGGCACGGCAAGACGGCAGCGCAGGCUGGCAGGAGAAGUAAUCCGUUUGGCGAGUCGGGUGACAAAACACCGGAGGACGGCGAAGACUCGAUCCUGCACCAGCUCUUCAUCGUCCGCUUCCUGGGCUCCAUGGAGGUGAAGAGCGCCGAGUCGGCGGACGUCAUCCCCGAGACCAUGCGGCAGAUCCUGGCGGCGCGCGCCAUUCACAACAUCUUCAGGAUGACCGAGUCGCACCUGCUCGUCACCUGCGACUGCCUCAAGCUCAUCGACCCGCAGACGCAAGUGACUCGACUCGGGUUCCCUUUGUCCAGCGUGCUCCAGUCGUCGUCCCACCAGGACAACAAGAGGCUGUUUGGAUUCAUCCUGCGCUCGGCCAGCGGGCAUCCUGACGGGCGAGCUGUCUGCUACAUCUUGGAGUCGAACGAUGAUGGCGAGAAGAUCUGCGACAGCAUCGGGCUGGCCAAGCAGAUCGCCCUCCACUCGGCGCUGGACCGCGGUGCGGCGGAGAAGCGCAAGGAGCAGCACGAAGCCAAAGAGAAGCAGCAGGAGGAGGAGCUCAGCAAGCAGAGACAGAUCGAGAAGGACCUGGAGGAGCAGAGCCGCCUCAUCGCCGCCUCGAGCCGUCCCGCCGGAGCCGACGGACACGUUGUGGUACUGAGCAACAGCCAAUCGGAGGAUAGCGACGCCGGCGGGGAGGAGGGCCAGAAGAAGGGCGAGUCCGACGCCUAGCGACGCACACGCCCAAAAAUGGGUACGAAGCCUCUGCCCGUCCAGCCCAAGUUCAGGACUCAACACCCGCCCGUCCGGGCUGCCUGGGGAUGAAAAACAAGUUCGUCACAGACUUUUGUUUUAGUUGUUUUUAAGGAGCUUUUUAUACUGCCGCAACUAUAGAUCUACAACCGUCGAGUUUCUUUCUUUUCGUCACCAUUUUGUCCAGAAAAUUCCCGAAAGUCCUCCCUGGCUGUUUGUCGGCUUCCUGCACUGUUUUGCGAGCGGCCGGCCGGUUAUUCCGUCGCACGUAUGAGGCCGAAUCUCUACGUCAGUGUUUCCCAACCUUUAUUGAGCCAAGGCACGUAUUCCACAGGAGAAAAAUCCACCAAACAAAAAUGUCGCACCAAGUACAGUGAAGAAUUUGCAGUUGGACAUCGACUGUUCUUGCGCUCAGGUCAAAGCAUGAAAAAUGUUCCUUUGGAGCCAUCUUGUGGCAUCUACAGCCAAUUACAGUGCAGUAUAAACCUUUCGGGUGGGGCGGUGUCCGUUACUUGCCGAUUCAUGCUAUUUGGCGGGGCUCGGUCUUGUAAAUAGUGGACUCCUUUUGAGGGCGGGUGGAUACCUUUCAGACACACCCACCUGGGCUCAAACUAUUAGGGGGAAAAAAAAAAAACUUUUUAGAAAAUAGUUUUACCCCAUCCCCACACUUAAGCGAGUUAAACUUGUUCAAACGCAACACACUUUUUAACGCUUUUCUUAGCACCUGUUCUCACUCGCUUGUUGUCAAGAAAUGGAGACUCGUAUAACAUCACUUUGUUGAAACAAAAAGAAGACUCCGAACAAGAGGCACAGCGUGCUUGCUUCAAGCUCUUUGUCCUUCCCAGCUGUAAAGUUGACGAGAAAAAUAAAAAAAAGAAUUAAACAUUAUUUAAGCACCUAAAUGUUCAACCAAACCAUAUAAUUUAAUCUUAACAAAAGUCAGCGAGACGCAUGGAGCAGCAACACAUACAAACAGGCGUACAUUCUCUAUCCUCUGUGGGAACUACUAUCACUGGAAAUUAAGUGGGGCCUUUGUUGAUGAAGCUACGUCUGUGCCAGUAUGGCACAACGUGGCGCUACUACACUGAAGGCAUGGGACUACCAAUUCGGACUUGCCUAUAUACUGUAAAAGCCCAUUAAAAAAAAACGAUGAUUUAAAACCUGCCACCGAUGAACCGCGAUAUUACCGGGGAACACCUUUAGUGAAAUAAUGAUGUCAUCUACAUUUACUCACAAAUUGACUUUUGUGUGUCAUAUAAUUUUUCUCUUGUAUAAAUGGCAACACUGGAUAAUAAUGUACUGCCUGCCAUCUAGUGGAAGAGCGUUUCAUUAUUCUGCCUGUCAGAGACAAACAAAAAAAAAAAAAAAAAAAAAGAGAGAGAGAGCCUGAACGCACCACGGCCAAAACACUAUCCUGUAUUUCAAUGACUACCAAACAAGUCAUGGGCGUGACAUGGCAAAAAAGUCACAACAAUUAGGAUGAUGAUUGAUGAUAAACGUAGCAACUUUCUGAACAUCAAAAAGAAGAAAAUGUUUCCUGAUGAUCCUGUGGGUCAUUUUGUUGGUGGUUUUGUUUUGUUCGUGUUGACCGUUAGGCACCUUACUGAUGUCAUGUUGGAUUGUACGUAUACGCCUCAUGAUAAAUGUCUCUAGUUUGUGUCAUUUAACAAAAAAAAGUAUUCUUUUUAAAGAUGAAUAAAGCACUAACUCCA